CCCGAAACCGAGUCGAUCGAACCAAACACCACCUCACACCCCGAAACAUAUUCCUCGUGAUCCACUCCCACGCCUCCGCGGCGAUCUAUUUAAACGCCCGGACUCUGCCCCCCUUUUUCCCUCGUUCGCUCUCGCUCUGCCUGGCUCAGAACAGAGUACUCCUCAGAACAACUCUCUGUGCGCCCAAACUCUGAAGUGCUCCUUUGCUCCUCCGUCGCCGAUCGUCUCCCCUUCUUGGCAGCAGCAGCUUUCCCCCGCCAUGGAUUUCCAGAAGUCUCCCGUCAACUACCCCUUCGACUGCCUCCUAAUAGACCUGGACGACACGCUGUACCCGGGCGGCACCGGCAUUGGGCCGGCCCUGAAGCGCAACAUCGACGAGUUCCUCAUGGCCCGCUACGGCCUCGCCGCCGACACGGCCGCCGCCCUCCGCGUCGAGCUCUUCCGCACGCACGGCAGCACCCUCGCCGGCCUCAUCGCGCUCGGCUACGACGUGCACCCGGACGAGUACCACAGCUACGUGCACGGGAGGCUGCCCUACGACAGGAUCGCCGCGGACCCGCGCCUCGCGCUGCUUCUGCAGAGCAUCCCCCAGCGCAAGAUCCUGUUCACCAACUCGGAUCGCGCCCACAUGGAGAGGGCGCUGGAGCGGCUGGGCGUGGACGAGGCCUGCUUCGACGACGUCGUGUGCUUCGAGACCAUGAACCCGCACCUCUUCGGCGGCGACGGCCAAGACCGCACCGAUGUGGUCUUGAAGCCGUCCGUCGACGCCAUCCUUGUUGGUCUGCGUGUCGCCGGCACCAAUCCACGUCGAACCCUCUUCCUUGAUGACAGCGAGAGGAACAUCGCCGCGGGGAAAGCUCUUGGCCUCCGCACCGCCUUGGUUGGCAAGAGGGUGAGGAGCAAGGAGGCAGACUACGCCCUGGAGACCAUCGGCAGCCUCCAGCGAGCCAUCCCGGAGAUCUGGGGCGUCGCCGCCGGCGCCGUCGACGGCGAGCUGCAGCCCGACCAUAACGUGGAGAAGAACAAGAGCAUGAGGGCCGAGUUGGACUCCGUCAUCCAGCCCACGUCAAUCCAGGCCUAGUUCCUCUCCUGAUUGAUUGAUAUCCAUCGUCAAGCUGUCUGAUCCUAUCAAGAUGUCAAUAAUGUGUCACUAAUAAAGCCCUCCCCCAUCUCUGAUUAAUCAUGUAAAUUAUUCUGAUUCCUGGUAUGAGUGCGUGUCUUGGUGCAUAAGUGUAGUAUAUGUACCUAGCUGACAGACAUGCAUGUUCGAUUCUGAUCAGCACUCUGUUGUAAAGCAAAGCAGUUAAGUGCAGGACGAGUCAUUUGUCACAGGUACUUGCCGCUCUUAAUUAUAGCUUCUUUCAUGUCUGGUUCCUUC